AUGUAAAAUAACACUCCUCCUAUUGAUUUUGCAAACUUGCACUCAAAGAACCUACAAUAAUAGAUUUUUUCAUAAAACUAAGAACAAAUAUUAUCUUAUAACCAGUAUUCUUAAGAUUAGGAGAAUUAAAUAGCUUUUUCAAAAUCUGACAAUUUAAUUAAGGAUGUAGAUUUUAAUAAUCAAAGGAUCUUUUUACUUAAAAUAAUAGGAAUUUUUAUUAUUUGGUCACUUAUUUUCUUCCUUUCAUUAUAUUUAUUUGGUUUAAAUAUAAAAUAAUCAAACGAGCCUUUGAGUUAAAUUUUGAUAUUUCUCUCACUUACCUUUUUAAUUCUUCUGAUGAGGAUGGGAAUAAGAAACUAAAACAGAAAUGUAUUAGCAUUGAUUAUGAAUUAUUUUAGCCAUUAAAAAGCUGCCUAAUAUUUUUUGGAUUACUUAUAUUUUAUAAUGUGCUUUACAUAAGUCUAUUCUCUAGUCUACAGUUCGCAGAUAAUAAUUAAGUUAAUGGUAUGCUAUCAUUAAUAACUAAGUUGAUACAAUUGUUGGUACUAUUUUGUUAAUCUGUGUCUCACUUAAUUUUCUUGUCAACAUCAUUGUUCUGGCAUAUUUAUUGGUAGCUAGAGAGAGAAUACGGAUGUUAUGUAUAAAUCCUGACUAGUUUAGAUGUUAUUGCACUAGAAAUUGCUAUCUUGAUCUUUCUUUGUAUAUUCUAUAAUCCUGCAAUAAUUAUGAUUCCUUUUGGUUUUCCAUACACAUAUUGCCUGAUAAAAACCUUACAACAAAUUUUAAAUGGAAAAGUAACAUUAAUAUAUUCUAAGAUAGUUCUCAUUGAAAUAAAAUUAAGUAAUAUCUGGGGCGAUUGCAACCUUUUUUGGUCUGUUUAACAUUUGCAACGAAUAAUAUAGAGAUUUAUGA